AUGGCUACUUAUCCCGUUCCCUACAAUGGGUCGGCCACUGGUACCGGCGGGGACUCCUUGACGGAGGACCUGAACAUUUACUACAGCUCCGGUGAUAUCGCUUGGGUCAUUACGUCCACCGCCCUGGUCUUGCUCAUGAUUCCUGGCGUCGGAUUCUUCUACUCCGGUCUCGCUCGCCGAAAGUCCGCCCUCUCGCUGAUAUGGCUAUCGAUCAUGUCCGUCGGCAUGGUGUCGUUCCAAUGGUUCUUCUGGGGAUACUCACUGGCCUUCUCACACACCGCCGGGUCGUAUAUUGGAGACCUGGCCAACUUUGGAUUCAAGGGCGUCCUGGCUGCCCCCUCAGUGGGUAGCACCAAGGUCCCUGAUCUCCUCUUUGCGGUGUUCCAGGGCAUGUUUGCCUGCAUUACUGUGGCACUGGCUGUCGGUGCCGUCGCCGAGCGUGGUCGCAUGCUGCCCUGCAUGGUUUUCGUCUUCAUCUGGUCCACCAUCAUCUACGACCCGAUCGCGUGCUGGACAUGGAACGCAUCCGGCUGGGUGUACAAGCUGGGCGGCCUCGACUUUGCAGGUGGUACUCCCGUCCAUAUCGCCUCUGGGGCCACCGCCUUGGCCUACUCCCUGAUGCUAGGAAAGCGUCGGGGCCACGGAACUCACGAGCUCAACUACCGCCCUCACAACGUCACUCAUGUGGUCAUCGGCACUGUCUUCCUCUGGGUGGGAUGGUUCGGGUUCAACGCUGGGUCGGCCCUGAGCGCCAACCUCCGGGCUGUCAUGGCCGCCGUCGUGACGAACCUGGCUGCGUCCGUCGGUGGUGUCACCUGGUGUCUGCUGGAUUACCGGUUGGAGAGAAAGUGGUCGACCGUCGGCUUCUGCUCCGGCGUGAUUGCGGGCCUGGUUGCCAUCACCCCUGGGUCCGGGUUCGUGACUCCGUGGGCGGCGUUCAUCUUCGGCGUGGUCGGCGCUACCGCUUGCAACUACGCCACGAAGCUCAAGUAUGUCAUGCGCGUUGACGAUGCGCUCGAUAUCUUUGCCGUGCACGGUAUCGGUGGUCUGGUGGGCAAUCUCCUGACCGGACUAUUCGCUGCUGACUACAUUGCCCACCUCGAUGGCGCCACCACGAUCAGCGGAGGCUGGAUCAACCACCACUACAUCCAGCUCGGAUAUCAGCUGGCGGACUCGGUGACUGGCAUGGCCUACUCCUUCUUCGGCAGCUGCAUCAUCCUCUUCCUCAUCAACCUUAUCCCAGGCCUGCGCCUGCGUGCCCCGGAGGAAGAUGAGAUCAUGGGUAUUGACGACGCCGAGAUUGGCGAGUUUGCUUACGACUACGUCGAGAUCACCCGCGAUGUCAUCAGCACCGCCAACAGCGAGGUGGGCGAGAACGCGUCCAAGCGGAGCAUCACUCCCCCGGCUGGAAACCAUACCGCCGUGGAAGCGAAGGUUUAG